AUGCGCCGCCUGCUGCUGCUGCUGGCAGCGGCCUCAGCCGCCCCCGCUGCCCCCUACACUCCCGCAAACCCUUCCAACCCCGCUGCUCCAACAGGUUCCUCCAUCCCUGCCACAUCCGCCGCCCCGCAAGCAGCGACCGCGCAAGCUGCCAUCCCCACUGGCACCAUCGACCCCGUUAUUCCCAUGCUUCUCGUACUCCGCUCGGCAUGCGAGGCGCGCGACCCCUCGUUCUUCAACUCGAGCGCACUUCGAAGCUACGCACUGGCAGCGGGCCGUGCCAUGAUACUGCGCGCCCCUUUUCGUAUCCUGAGUUACAAUGAGACGUGUGGCUCGGGAUGGCGUGUGUUGGUGACGCGGGGUAUGCUGCGGGCGCUGGUUGCGGGGGAGGUGGCGGUGUGCGCGGGGUGGGCGGGCGCUGAGGCUUGCGGUGCGCCAGCAGCCGCCGCGCGCUUGCUGCGCACGCCGCAGCCCACCACCUGCGCCGCGACUUCCGCCCGCGCAGCUUCUGUAACCUUCCUUGCGUCUCGCUUGCACUGGCGCAGAGUGCUCCUUCCGCCGAAUGCGCAAAGCGGCGAGUGUGCGACUGCAAUGCUGGCGGUCGCUCUCGAGCUAACUGCAGCGGGCCUGCUCGUUAGCCGAGGACCACUCUCGCAUCAUCAGCUCGAUCAACAUCCACACGCUGUGAUUUUGUGCUCUUCUAACGUGGACUCCUUGCGCUGGCUGCGGGGCGGGGCGGGCGCGCCGGCGGUACUCCUCCUGCACCUUGCGCUCGAUGACGACCUCACUGUGAUACAUGACGCACAGGCUCCCCUAGAUAUACCGAAUGAAAACUCUUUGUCAACUUUAGUAUUAGUACAUUCGUCCGUCGGUCGGUUACCUUAUUCUAAAAAUUUAAGCAAUAAUAUUUCUCAAAUAACAGAAAGCACUAUUGAUCGAUAUUACGAAAGGGAUAAAGUGGACUCUUCACAAAAAAUUAAAGCAAAAAUUAAGAAAAAUAAAAUAAAUUCGACCCUCUAUCAUAGCUUCACGAAAGGUAGUGGAAAAAGUGUAAUAGAAGAAAGAUCUCGUUCGUUUUUUGUUCGCCGCAGACGCCAAUCGCCGGCCAGUCGUCGCUUGCGACGAAGCGUCAUCUCUGAAUGGUUAAACAACGUUAAUGGAGUUCGUCCGCUGAUUCUCAGCGACGUUAGUCUAGAAUACAAAUCGAAAACGUCCUCACCGAAUACCAUUUAUGAUGAAGUACUGGACGCCAUUGAGCGACACGUGGAAGCAGAAAAGACAAGAUUCGAAAUCUCCCGACAGACAUACUUUCUAUAUGAGAGCGCUGCAGAUUUGGGCACGUGGGUCCCGGUCGUGACGUUAGCUACGAGCUCCUUGCGUUCGCUGGAUGGUGUCGAGGAUUGGGGGACGGUCGUGAACGUUAUUGACCCCGGCGGUAAGUUUAGAAGUUGGAGUUCGGCGUUGUCGGAACGAUCGAACAUCGGCUCGGGUGUGGUGGGCGCGGCGAGCGCAGUGGGCGUGUGCGGUGCGCUGGCGCUGGUGGUGGGAGGAGCGCUGGCUGCCCGGCGAAUGGCGCGGCACCGUCGCCCACACGGCGCCCCAGUACUGGGCGUGGGCGACUUCGCGUUUCCGGGCGAGGAGCUGCGCGUGGACGAGGGCAUGCAGAGCAUGGUGUCGUGCUGGCUUCAGCAGCUGCACGAGUUUGGCGGGCCGCACCCCGCGCACCCCCCCGCCCCGCGCCGCCCAUCUGCACCAUCAUCCACGUGCAGCAUCUCGCGCCUGCCACCCGACCGCCGCACCAGAUAUAAGGGAGAUCCGGUACACAUGAAGUAUCUACCGGUCGCCGGAUCGCUGGAGCUCAGGCGGAAGGCUAUUGACAUUCUUCUCGUAAUGCAAAGUCUUCGCCACGAAAACCUCAAUCCUUUCAUAGGGUGCCUGGCGGAGGCGCGCCCGGCGCUGGUGUUCGAGGCGUGUGGGCGCGGCUCGUUGGAGGACGUGCUGGUGGCGGACGACAUCCGGCUGGACUGGACGUUCCGGCUGUCGCUGCUGACGGACCUGGUGCGUGGCAUGCGCUACCUGCACGCGUCCCCGCUGCGCGCGCACGGCCGCCUCAGCUCGCGCAACUGCGCCGUCGACUCGCGCUGGGUGCUGCGCGUCUCUGACUACGGGCUGCCGGCCUUUGCGAGCGCCCAGGGCCUGCCACUACCCCAUCGCUCCUCACGAGCAGAGCUGCUGUGGACGGCGCCGGAGUUGCUGCGUCAGUCGAGGGGAGCGGGGCGCGGCUCGCCCGCCGGCGACGUAUUCUCCUUCGGCAUCAUCAUGCAGGAGGUGAUCGUGCGCGGCGAGCCCUACUGCAUGCUGGCGCUCAGCCCCGACGAGAUUGUGGAGAAGCUGUGCCGGCCGCCGCCGCUGAUCCGUCCAUCGGUGUCGAUGGGCGCGGCGCCGCCUGAGGCCGUGGGCGUGAUGCGCCAGUGCUGGAGCGAGGCGGCCGAUCUGCGCCCCGACUUCAACCGUCUCUACGACAUAUUCCGACACAUGCACCGCGGCCGAAAAAUCAAUAUAGUCGACUCAAUGUUCGAGAUGUUGGAAAAAUAUAGCAAUAACUUAGAAGAACUUAUAAAGGAGAGAACGGAGCAAUUGGACAUGGAAAAGAAGAAAACCGAACAACUCCUCAACAGGAUGUUACCAAGGUCAGUUGCAGAGCGGCUAAUGUUGGGCUCACGCGUGGAACCCGAGGAGUUUGAGGAGGUGUCCAUUUACUUCAGUGACAUCGUGGGUUUCACGGAGCUGGCGGCGCGCUCCACACCCGUGCAGGUCGUGGACCUAUUGAACGACCUCUACACAACUUUCGAUGCCGCCAUCGAACAAUAUCGCGUAUAUAAGGUGGAGACGAUCGGCGACGCAUACAUGGUGGUGGGCGGGCUGCCCACGCGCGCGCUCGAUCACGCAGAGAGCGUGGCCACCAUGGCACUGCACCUGCUGCACCUGGCCGGUCGCUUCCGCGUGCGCCACUUGCCGGCGCAGCCGCUGCAUCUGCGCAUCGGCCUGCACUCGGGGCCCUGCUGCGCCGGCGUCGUCGGCCUCACCAUGCCGCGCUACUGCCUCUUCGGCGACACUGUCAACACCGCCUCGCGCAUGGAGUCCACCGGUGCGGCGUGGCGCAUCCAGGUGUCGGCGGCGACGGCGGGGCGGCUGGCGGCGGCGGGCGGCUACCGGCUGCGCUCGCGCGGUCUGCGUCACAUCAAGGGCAAGGGCGCCAUGCACACCUACUGGCUGCUGGGCAAGGACGGCUUCGACAGGCCGCUGCCCGUGCCGCCGCCGCUGCAAUCCGAGGAGGUUCUGUUCGAGUCAGACGGUGAGAACGAUAGUGAACGUUCAGGUGCCGAAGCCGCACCACUUCUUGAUCCAACAUCUACUCUAUCCACUGCCGAGGAAGACAGCAUAGAGGCGGCGACGGCGGCGGCGGCAACGGCGUGCGGAGUGGGCGGGGCGCGGGCGGGGCGCGCGGCCUGGGCACGCUCGGGCGCCGCGUCCGCCGACAGCAGCCCGCCGCGCCUUGCGCACGCCGCACACUCUCGCUACAGGUACAUCUGCUGCUUACUGCGAUUUAACUACAGGUCAGAAGGGGUUCUUUACUCAUGCGAUCAAGCGCCCAACAAAUGCAUCGCAAAUAGAUAUUCAAUUUACAUACACUAA